AUGGACUCACUACAGACCUCUUUUGCAGCCAAGUCCUGGUUCGGCUUCGAUCUCGACGAUACCUUGCACGAGUUCCGCAAGGCAUCGGGCAUCGCUUCUCUUGUUGUCUUUGAAGCCAUUUACUUACAGCAUAGGGUGCCAAUCUCGCUCUUGCAGCAAUCCUACUCAUCGAUCCUAGCUCAGAUGACAGCCAACGCCUUCGCCUGCGGCAAGACCUCCACCGCGUACCGCAAAGAGCGCUUUACCGCAUUAUUACAGGCGCAUCAUAUCAGUACCAACGAUGACCACCUCGAAAAUCUCGCAGCAAUUUACAAGCGGGCUUUAAGUGCAGCACUAGAACCGAAGCCCGGAGCUCUUGCGCUGUUCCAAUACCUAAAGCGAAUCGGGAAAAGAAUAAUCAUCAUCACAGAGGGUCUUCGAGACGCGCAAGAGUGGACCCUCGAGCAACUGGGCCUGGCACAAUACGUCGAUAUCCUUAUUACCACCAACGAGAUGGGACUAGCGAAAGUGGACGGCUUGUUUGAAAAGGUCUUGCAAAGGUACAAUAUCAAGGCGGAGGAUAUGGUGUAUAUUGGUGAUAACGAGAAGCGGGACGUCAUGCCGGCUGCGGAGGCAGGAAUUUUGUCUAUUCUGUACGAUGAGAAGAGUGAUUGCCAACUGGAGGGUAAUGGGCGACCCGGCUCAAGAUUGAGCAUAAACUCACUUGCUAAGCUGGAGUAUAUUCUGAGGAUGGGUAUAGACGCUGCCGGUAAGGGAGAACAUUAA